CAUUCGUCUUUACUGUCAGAAAAUACAAACGUUCUCUGAAACUGGCGAGUGUUGAAAUCCCUUCGUAAUUGAGGGUCACUAUAGCUUGAGAUGCAUGAAUUUUAUUGCCAAAACAGAAUUCUUUAUUUUAAUAAUAUUAUAAAAUUCUUUAUUAUACAACAAAGAAUUUUUUUAUACAUAUAUUUUCAGGUACCCACGUGUACUUUUAUUGGUUAUGUAGAUUCAUAUUGUUAUUAUAUACAAUAACAUAUGAAUAAAAUAAAAACUUGUACUGUUUUUAAUAAGGUAAAAUAAUAUCUAAGUUUAAAAAAGUAGUUAUAAUUUUUUACUAAAACAUACUUUUUGUCAAGUUAUUUUUCCUAAAAUACGAUACAUCUAACUUGCGUAAACACGAAUAUUCUUAUAAGAUAAAUACAUUGACAUUAAGUUCCAAUUGAAACAGAGUUGGUAACCACUGUAACACAAUGGAUUUACACAAACGGUACGUGCAUUUUCCAAUAACGGAUUUGUCGAUAUUGGAAUUAUUAGAUACAGCAUUUAAGGAUGAACCAUUUUCAUUAUUACACCGUUUAAUUAAAUAUUAUAUCGACGAAGUAAACAAGGAUACUUUGGAUAUAAAAAAAUUGAAAACGUUUCGUACGAUUUUAUGUUACGAAUAUCAACUCCUAUUUAAUUCUGAAAGAAAAUAUGCAAGGACAGUAUCAAAUGAACUAUGUUUCAACAAAAUAAAAAAUGUUUUAUAUUUGAGAAAACAAUUCCAGAGUUUUACAGAUUUAUCGAUUUUAUAUGAUAUUAUAGUUUUAUAUACAGUGCUCUUUUGCAAUUUACAAUGUCUUGAACAACAUCUAAUGAAUUUUCAAAAAUCAUUUUUAUUAAUCUCAUUGGAUAAUGAAGACAGAUCAUGUUAUAUGAAAAUACUGGAAUGCUUUUUGGACUCAUUGCAAUUAAAACAAUUGCUAAAAAAUAAUACAGAGUCACAUUUAGCGGAAAAUUUUUAUUUGUAUUAUCAGAAAGAUAUACAAGUAUGGCUAGAAAUAAAAAGUAAUAGAGAAUGGCAAUCUUUUGCUUCAAUAUUCCCAAAAUUAAUGAAUACUUUUGGACCUGAUAAAAUUGUACCCGCUGUAUUAGAUUUUAUUUUAAAUAAAAUGGAUGAUGUACAAGAUUUACUUAGUGUACUAAGUAUUAUCAUUGAUGCAUGUCUUUCUGAAAAGUUCAAAAAUACAAGUUCAAUAUACCACAAGUUAUGUUAUACUGAAAACUUAUGGUUAGUAAUGAUAAAAAGUUUAAAAUCUCCUGUACAACAAUACCGUAAACAAGGAUUAUUUAUAAUGAAACGAAUAACAGAUUUCAUUAGCACUUUAAAUGAAAAUGCAUUAAAUUUGGAAAAAAUUAAAACUGUACCAUUUAUAUGUAAACAGUCAAUUAAAACACAAAUAUUAAUAAGUGAUAUUAGGCAAAAAUUCUUUUUGGUACUAGAAGCUUUAGAAGAAAAGCAAUAUCAUUUAAUUGCACCAGCUUUAACACAUAUACCAAAUUUAGUGAAAGGGAGUAAGGAACAUGCAUUGUGCAAUGAGUGCUUCAGUACUACAUGGUUGCUAUUAAUUUUUGAAAGAAUGUUAAAGCAUGAAAAUAAUGCUAUAGUAAAGCAAGGAAUACUUUAUGUUUGUCGAUUUCAUGAAGUUUUAUAUGAUUAUCAAUUUUUAAAGUUAUUUAUACACGUGUUAAAUAAUACGUUCUUAUAUGAAUGUCAAUUGUACCAAAAGGAACCAGAAAUACUAUAUGAAAUCACAACAUUACUUGUACAUAUAAGAGAAAAAACAGUUGAAUUUAUAUCUAAAUUCCUAAAAGCAAUAAGCGAGGAAAUAUGGGCUCCUAUUCCGCUAUUUUAUAUGAUGUUAAUUUUAAGAAUAGUUACUAAUAAAACUGCAAAUUCUUGGGGAGAGAAUGACUUAAUUGCAAUUAAAUCUUUUGUACAGAAGAAUUUACAUGCGCAUUCACGCAUUUUAAGAGUUGCAUCACAAAUUGAACUCAUAAGGACUGUUCCACUUUCUUUAGAGAGAAUACAUGAUUUGAAAAUUUUAAUAAAUAUGUUAUUGGAAUUUCCUUCUAAUGAAGCUCUUGUAAGAGGUUCAUUUUCAUGGAAUAUUAUAACAAAAUACUUAAAAAUUGCAGUAACAGAAACAGAAGUAUUAAGUUUUAUUAAAAGUUUAUGUGACGAACACUUACAUCAUGAUACAUGUAUAAAAAUGAAUCCUGCAAAGUUUGCCCUUACUAUUUUUAUCUUGUACGAUGCAGAGUUAAUACUACAUAAAAAAAUAUGUUUAGCAGAACAAAUACUAAAUUAUUGGUUAUCAUUACUCAAAGAUUGUAAUGUAAGGCCUUAUAUCAAUUUUGAACAUAUUCUUUACAUCAUAGAAGUUAUGUCACAUUUGCUUAAUUUAAGUGCAAAGGAAAAUAAAAGAAUCAUACAGUUACUCUCUCUGUAUAUUAACAAUGCUUUACAAUUUUUAUUAAAAAAUAAUAAAAAUAUACCAUUUAAAUGUAAUUACGAAGAAGUAAAAAAAUGUAUGACUGUAAUUGUUUUAUUUCUCAAUAAUGGAGAUUUGAUUCUGUCAAAAACAGAAAUCUUGAAUUAUGUUGAAAAAUUUAAAUAUGAUAGUGCACAAAUUCUCAAAAACAUAGAACAGUUUACAAAUAUGCAUUACAUGUAUGCAUUACAUAUUUUAUAUUAUACUCAAAACAUAUUAAAUAUAGAUGCUACAGAAUUUUAUGGACAAUCUUUGAUAAAUAAAUGUCAUACUUAUAUAUCUGGUAAUAAGGAAGAUCAAAUGGAUUCGAAGGGAAAAAUAGUCUCGCAUUGCUAUUUGUUAUUAGCGAAACUUACAAAUCAAUUCUUAUCGAAAAGAGAAGUAAAAUUAUGGCCAGAAAAUAUUGAUUGGUUUAAACAUAUUUUAUACAUUUAUGAAAUGGGAGGAAAUGAAAUCAUCCCAGAAGUAGCAGUGACCUUAAAAAUAAUUGUUGAUAAAAGAGGAAUAAAUGAUUCUGAAAACAUAUCAAAUUUAGAAUCUAUUUUUACUAUAAUUUGGAAAUCUACCUUGUUAAGUUCAAAAAAUAAGUUGUACUUUUUAUCAAUAAAAAAUCUUCUUGGAGUUAUUAUAAAUAGCAAUUUUCUGGUACUUCCGAAUGCUAUAAAUCUUCUGAAUCAUUUUCUCAGUCAGCUACUUGAAGAAAGUAACAAAGUGCCAAAAUUAAAGGCAAUUUUAUUGAAUGAAAUGAAGCUAUUAAAUGUAUACUGCUUAAGGAAUUUACAAGAACCAUUAUUACUGUGUCUUCUUCAUGGAUAUGCACUUCGAAAGGACAAGCAAAUAGAAAAUCAAACAUGCUCAUAUAUUAUAAAACAUUAUGAAAGUCUUUAUCCACAACAUAUUUCAGUGAUAGAUCAUAAUAAUGACGCUAGUAUCAGAGCACUUUCUGUUAUACUAUUGCACAAAAUAAUUACUACAGAUGUUGAAUUUAUACCUGCAUUUCUUCCAAUCGUUUUACAGAAGUUAGAAGAGUAUAAAAAUAAACGAUAUUUUAAUAAUUCUUAUGCACAUAAGAUGAAACAUCGAAUCAUGCAAACCUUAUUAAUAUUACAGCCUGUUCUGAAUGAGAUAGAUACAACAACUGUAGUAGAUCUACUGUGUAAACUAAUGAUUUUGGAAAGCAACCAACACAGUGUGCGAUUAAUGCAAGAAUGGUUACUAAUUAAAAUAUUUGUGGAGAAUGAGAAUCUUCGUCAUAAAUUAUGGAAAUUUUUUGAAGAGGCUAUUACAACACGUCCAGGAUGUACUAGUUCGAUAGCAUGUAUAUUUUAUCAUGUUGCAAAGUUACUUUCCAACAGUGAUCAACGUACUUUUAUUUCGAUGGGAAUACCAUACAUCGCGCAUUGCUGCUUAGGACAGCAAUAUAAUAUGCGACUUUAUAAUGAAGUGAUUUUUAUACAACUGUUUAAUAUAUUAGAAAGCUUAAACUGUGAUAAUAUUACUAAUGAGUAUAGAGGAUUAUACAAAGCUAUAGUAGAGCAUUUUAAAGAUGAAAAUGCAAUAAAAAGUUUAACUAAAAUUCAAGAUGAUUUUUACCUUUCCACGUUUCAUGCUUCAGACGACUAUAGUCUGCAGACAAUAUAUUUUGAAUUACCUCGAUUAACUGAUAUGGAUCCAAAUGAAUGGAUUUGUCCAGAUGUAUUUAAACAACUGAACUUUACACAAACUCAAAAUCAUCCUCUUCAGAUGCUUAAUUUAAACUCAUCAUUAUCAGAAAUUAAAACAUCGUUAUACAUCAUGAAAUCCACAACUGAUUUUUCUAUAAAACAUUCUGAAAUGAAUAUUGAAGAACUAAGUAAUGUUCAGAAGAAAAUUGACCCCUCUGUAUCUGCAAAUUUAUUACAUAAUGACAUUUUUCCAACAAUCAGGGAAUCUAUUUCUCAGAAGAGAAUAUUAUCUGAUGAUGAAGGUAUUAUAAUUGUAGCAUGUCUCAUUGAUAGUACUCCAAAUUUGGGAGGACUUGCACGUACUUGUGAGAUUUUCAGAGCGAAAGAACUAGUUAUUGCUAAUUUAAGUCUAAUAAAAAAUAAAGACUUUCAAAAUCUCAGUGUAACAGCCGAAAAUUGGAUAAAUAUUACAGAGGUGAAGCCUCAUGAAUUGAACAAAUACCUUUUGGAAAAAAGGAACAUGGGAUGGUCAUUAGUAGGUGUAGAACAAACAGUUAAUAGUACAAACUUAUUAAAUAUGAAAUUUAAGAAAAAAUCAAUUCUUGUUUUAGGAAACGAAAAGAAUGGAAUUCCUGCCAACUUGAUACCUUUGUUCGAUACUUGUAUAGAAAUACCUCAAGUUGGAGUAAUUCGUUCAUUAAAUGUUCAUGUUAGUGGAGCUAUAUGUAUAUGGCAAUAUGCAAUGCAACAUGUAUUCUGUCUAUGAAUACUUAUGAAUAAUAUCCUACUUUUUAGUACUAUAAUACAAAAUAUUAAUAAAAACAUACAUGAGAAUUAUGUAAAAAUUUAUAAAACUGAAAUAAAAGAAUGAUGUAACAAAAUAA